AUGGUACCAGCAAGUACGAUGAAAAAAGUUUUGCAUUUAUUAAAUGACGGAAAUGUUAAUGUAACUGUUACUAUUCCGGAUGUUGAACGAUUAAUUAUAAAACGGGAGAAAAAAAAUGGCAUAUCUGAGCUGCAACAACGUUAUCGAGAUGAUUCCGGUUCAAUAACAGGAAGAUCAACUACUGAAUUUAACAAAUAUGAUUUUUAUUCAUACGGUUCAUAUAAGGAAAUGAUGAAAUGGUUACGAUCAUUAGCCAGAAAAUAUCCGGAAUUUGUACGGAAUAUAUCAAUUGGAAAAUCGCAUGAAAAACGUAGCAUUGAUGGUUUAGAGGUUUGUGAUAAAUAA